ACAUCCUAUAUAUGCGUACAUUCUAGACUUCUGCUGACAACUUCACACUCGAUACAGUCCCACACCUUCUCCCGCUCAAGUGCCACCGCUACCGCCGCCGCCGAACUGAAUCGCUGGUUGUGGGCGCCGCCGUCAGUCGCCCAUCUCCACUCGUGCUACCACCAUCGGUCCCCCGCCUCCAGUCGCACCACCACCGCCGCCUCGACGAACAGCUGCAUCUCCGCCUCACAGUCACUGUACACAGCUUUCGCGUCGUCGCCUCAGCAUCCAACUGUCGCCCCGCGGCCCGCUUCCUCCAGUCGCCACCACCGCCUCCGGCCUCCGCCUCAGCCGACAGCCGCCGUUGCCGUCCCUGCUUCAAUUUUCAAUUUUCAGGUUUCUGAUAUCAUAAUUAGAAUGGCGAACAUUACACCAAUUCCUACUGAAACCUGCAAGAUUGGUUUCAUUGGGGCUGGAAAAAUGGCGGAGAGCAUUGCCAAAGGUGUUGUCAACUCAGGGGUUUUGCCGGCUUCCCAAGUCCGGACUGCUCAUCUUGGCGCGAGGCGUUCUGUCUUCGAAUCAUUUGGCGUGAAAGUGUUUGAUCAGAAUAGUCAGGUAGUCCAAGACAGCGAUGUCGUUAUUUUCUCUGUGAAACCUCAAGUUGUCAAAGACGUGGUGCUGCAGUUAAGGCCACUUCUUUCAGAGAAGCAGCUAUUAGUGUCUGUUGUUGCUGGAGUCAAGCUAAAAGAUUUGCAGGAGUGGGCUGGUCACAGCCGAUUUAUUAGGGUAAUGCCCAACACCCCAGCUGCUGUUGGUGUGGCUGCAUCUGUUAUUACUCUUGGGGAUGCAGCAACCACGGAAGAUGGGGAAUUAAUUAGUAAAUUAUUUGGAGCAAUUGGUAAAGUGUGGACAGCUCAGGAGAAACUGUUUGAUGCUAUCACCGGCCUGAGUGCUAGUGGACCGGCAUACAUCUUUUUGGCGAUUGAAGCUUUGGCCGAUGGAGGCGUCGCUGCCGGUCUACCUCGUGAGCUCUCACUUGGUCUGGCUUCUCAAAUGGUACUGGGAGCAGCAUCAAUGGCAGCAAGCACGGGCAAGCACCCCGGCCAGCUGAAAGAUGACGUUGCAUCGCCUGGUGGCACCACAAUAGCUGGGAUUCAUGAGCUGGAAAAGGCUGGCUUUCGAGGCAUUCUGAUGAACGCUGUUGUCGCUGCUGCAAAGCGCAGCCAAGAGCUUUCUAAGAAUUAGAUUUCUUGCAAAAGUUGACAAAGCUUUACCCACAUUCUUCAGCAUUCUUCAUUAUGUCUCCUAAAUCUGUGUUAGGAUGUUAUGAACAAUAGCUAAACUGGUAUGAAUAAUAGCACUGUUUGAACUAUUCCUUUAAA